AUGGGGCGCGUCUUCCAGGCUGCGUGUGCGUGUGCUGGGGUGGAAAUCAAGAGCUUUGGCGGUCCCAUGCAGCUCUCCCACUGCUGGUGCAACGCUUGCCGCGCUGCCACCGGCAACCUCCCUUCAGUUUGGGCAGCUUAUCCUCUGUCUCAGACGUUGUUCACAUCUAGCAAGACGCUGCGCCUAUUCCGGUCUGGGCCCAGCAGUGCGGACAGAUAUUUUUGCAGUGGGUGCGGAAGCAGCGUGGCGAUGUUGUACCACCGGCGCUCUGUGUGGCCGGAGAAACACACCGUGUGGCUGGCGCGGCACUUUGCGAACGUCGAGCAAGGAGGCUUUGACGAAGUUCACGUCUACCAGAACCAGGACGAUCCCUCACAGGAAGUGCUGCAUCCCGAUCAGUUUGUGAUGCCCGCGGGGCCAAGGCAGGACCAAGGCUCUGUAGCGCCUGUUGCGAGUGGGGAGGAGGCAUGCAUACGCAUCUUUGAUCAGCAGGGAGAUCUUCCGUUCUCCAGAUGGGUGGCCGUGAGCAAGGUGCCAGCGUGGUUCAGUGAGUCUUCAAGGUGCAGCGAAUGA